CUCUUCCUCACCAAUUCCUCGCUUUUUCUCCUCCUAUAUGUAGCAUGUUAUACAAUCAUCGGGGAAUUCAGUAAACCUACUCAUUCCGUUUAUCGCUUGCUCUUUCAGGCACUUCAUGGGGGUUUCUUCUUCUGCUCUAUUUCUAUGUACAAAUGGCACGGGCUGCAGUUGUCGGUGCUCUGUAUCUUUUGUUGCGCUACUUUGGGUAUGGUUUGGACUUAAAAGAAGCCAUAAUUAUUGUUUGGUCUGGGCUGCGAGGUGCUGUUUCCCUAUAAUUAGCGCUGUCUGUUAAACGUGCUAGUGAUACAGCUCAACCUUUUCUGAAACCAGAAGUCGGAACAAUGUUUGUGUUCUUCACUGGCGGCAUCGUGUUUCUGACACUAAUAUUGAAUGGUUCUACCACACAAUUUUUGUUGCACGCACUUGGUAUGGACAACCUGUCAGUAACAAAGCUUCGCAUGUUGAAUUAUACUAGACAUGAAAUUCUAAACAAUACAUUAGAAGCUUUUGGUGAUCUCAAAGAUGAUGAGGAGCUUGGUCCUGCUGACUGGGUUACAGUUAAGAAAUAUAUCACAGGCUUGAGUAACUUGGAAGAUGAACAUGCACAUCCACAUGAUGACAAUCAUGAUCACGUACAUACCAUGAAUUUAAAGGAUGGUCGAGUGCGUCUUUUGAAUGGUGUGCAAGCCAGUUACUGGGCAAUGCUUGACCAGGGACAGAUAACUCAAGCUACAGCAAAUAUUUUGAUGCGAUCAGUUGAUGAAGCUAUGGAUCUUGUUUCUAGCCGACCAUUAUGCGAUUGGAACAGUUUGCAGUCCAGUGUCUAUUUCCCAAGUUACUAUAGGUUCCUUUCUGCAAGCAUGUUACCACAAAGUUUUAUCACAUACUUCACAGUACAAAGAUUGGAGUCAGGAUGUUACAUCUGUGCUACAUUUCUUCGUGCUCAUAGAAUUGCAAGGAGACAACUACAAAAUUUUCUUGGUGAUAGUGAGAUUGCAAAAAUUGUUAUUGAUGAAAGUAAUGCUGGGGGAGAGGAAGCUAGGAAGUUCUUGGAAGAAGUUCGCUGUACAUUCCCUCAGCUUCUUUGUGUGCUAAAGACUCGACAAGUAACAUAUGCUGUAUUGACACACUUGAGUGAGAAUGUUCAAAACCUAUGGAAGACUGGGUUACUGGAAGAAAAAGAAAUGGCACAUCUGGAUGAUGCUUGGCAGACAGACCUGAAGAAGCUUAAGAGGAAUCCACAAUUAGUGAAAAUGCCAAGAGUUGGCGAUCUUUUAGGCACUCAUCCAUUAGUCGGCAUGCUGCCUGCUGCUGUGCGUGCUCCUUUGUUAAGCAAUAAAAAAGAAAAAGUAAAAGGGCAUGGUGCAGCCCUAUAUAUGGAAGGCUCAAGAGCAACUGGUAUAUGGAUUGUUUCGAUCGGAGCAGUAAAGUGGAGAAGUCAGAGGCUAAGCAGCAGGCAUUCUUUGCACCCAAUUUUCCCACAUGGAAGCACUUUGGGUCUAUACGAGGUGCUAACAGGAAAGUCUUGUCUCUGUGACAUGAUUACAGAUUCUCUCGUGCGCUGUUUCUUUAUUGAAGCUGAAAAGAUAGAUCAAUUGCGUCGGUCAGAUCCUUCUGUUGAGGCUUUUCUGUGGCAGGAAAGUGCUGCAGUCAUUGCUAAGCUCUUGAUCCCACGUGUGUUCGAGAAAAUGACAAUGCAAGAGACGCGGCUUCUCGUCAGCACAGGAUCUACUAUGAACUUGUACACCAAGGGUGAAGACAUCAUGCUCGAGCAUAAUUACAUCGGCAUCUUACUAGAAGGAACUUUGAAGGCGGAGAACCAAAACAGCAUCUUACCUCCAGGAGUGCUGCUGCCAUCAAACAUGGACCUGGAGUUACUUGGUCUGGAGUCUUCAGCUAUGAACCGUAUGGACAGUUGCUACGCAGCAGACAGCUAUCAGGUGGAAGCCCAAGCUAGAGUUCUCAUCUUCGAAGUAGGGAGGCUGUUCACGGAGGCCAAUGGGCAGAGGAACCAGCCGGGUGGUAGCUUCUCUGCUGAAGCCUUGCAGCUCAGCGUGGAAGAAUCCACUGGAGAAGAACAAGUCAUCAUUACCGUCGACUCUCCGAACAAGCUGCCCUUGGGUGAUUCAUCAGCUGGCUCAUCAUCUGGCGUGACGCGAGGCAGCUGAUGGGAUCUUGUGCGAAUAUAGUAGCGUGCUUGAUGGAGUAGCAAUCAUGAAAUUGACCUCUCUUUUUGAGAAACUUGGCUUUAUUACUUGCUGGUGUAACUAAAUCGCCGGUAACCAUAAAUAGAGUGUACAAAGUUGGGUAUGUCAUCAUGCCAUUUGACAUCGCUGGGUGUCAUACAAGCAACGUAAUUACAGAUAAGAGAUGCUGAAGGUGAUAGUCAUGAAAUUAGCUUUAUGGACCGAAAUAGGAUUUGGGACGCUCUCAGUUUUGUUUAAAAGAGCGCGUCGCUGCAACCAUUCAAUCACGUUAUAUUCAGCUUUUUUUGCUACA